AAGAUGUGGCUGUGGUGUGCACGCUUUCAUCAACCACAGAAUCCAAUAGCUCAGAUUUGUUUCGGUUUUUCUGUUUGUACAUUUGGUACAUCUAGGAGGCCUUGUAUCCUUAUAUAUAGACACCAAACUGUUGUGCAAGGUCUCAUGCAUAGUGAACUCAUAUCUUAGCGUAACAUAAGAUAGACAGACGAUGGCUUCUUCCAUGAUUUCUUGUGCCGUAAGCCUGGCCACCCCAACUCAAGCCAACAUGGUUGCACCCUUCACUGGUCUCAAGUCAAACGCCGCGUUCCCUGUGACCAAACAAGCUAACACCAUCACCUCUCUUCCUAGCAAUGGUGGCAGAGUACAAUGCAUGAAGGUAUGGCCUCCAAUUAACAGGAAGAAGUUUGAGACCCUCUCAUACCUUCCACCACUUUCACCCGAAUCUCUUGCUAAGGAAAUCGACUACCUUCUUCGCAUGGGAUGGGUUCCUUGCUUGGAAUUCGAGUUGGAGCAUGGUUUUGUGUACCGUGAGAACCACCGGUCACCAGGGUACUAUGAUGGACGAUACUGGACAAUGUGGAAGCUACCCAUGUUUGGAUGCACCGACUCUUCUCAGGUUUUGAAGGAGUUGGAGGAGGCUAAGCAGACAUACCCGCAGUCAUUCAUCCGAAUUAUCGGAUUCGACAAUGUACGUCAAGUGCAGUGCAUCAGUUUCAUUGCCUACAAGCCCCCUCUUUAAAUUAGACUACGAGUUUCUACUCUAGCUACCAAUUUCCGCAGAUUGCACUCUAGAGUACUCACUCACCUUUGUAAAAUAGUACGCAGAUUUUAUAAUGGCAAUAUGAGAUCAUGAGUAUCAUGAAUAAUACUAUGUUGCCCUUCACCGUUUCAA